CGCUCAGGUUACUGAUUGGGCAUUUAAACAAUUUUCAAGUACCUGAGGGCGCCGUACGUCGAAAAGCGUGAUCCCCUUCAUUUGUAAAACUUGCGAAGUUGCGAACAGUUGUGGAACAUGGCGCUUAACCUUACUGUAAAAGUUCAUCCUGUAGUUUUAUUUCAAGUUGUUGAUGCCUAUGAACGUCGAAAAGCUGAAUCUCAUCGCGUUAUUGGAACGUUGUUAGGUACUGUGGAAAAGGGAAUGGUUGAAGUUACAAAUUGUUUCUGCGUGCCCCACAAAGAAUCUGAAAGUCAGGUUGAAGCUGAUUUGACGUAUGGAAUUGAUUUGUAUGAACUGAACCACAGAGUCAAUGCUCAGGAGAAUAUUGUUGGAUGGUGGGCAACUGGAAAUGAGGUCACCACUCAUUCUUCUGUUAUUCAUGAAUAUUAUGUUCGUGAAUGCAAUAAUCCUGUUCAUUUAACUGUUGACACAACAUUAGCAAAUACUACCAGAAUGGCAAUUAAAGCUUACGUAUGUGUUCCAUUAGGAGUGCCUAAUGGAAAACAGGGUUCUAUGUUCACACCAGUUAAAGUACAGAUUACAUCUUACGAGCCAGAAAUCGUGGGUUUGCAACUUUGUUCUAAAACGCAAUUGCCAGCUCAUGCUCAAAUAACUGGUGCAAAAACAGGUGGAGGUAUUGAACCAAUGAUGGAUCUCUCCCAAAUAGCAGAAGCAAGUGCUAAACUUUCUUCCAUGUUAGAACAAGUGCUUGGCUAUGUUGAUGAUGUAUUAAGUGGAAAACAACCACCAGAUAAUCAAGUUGGACGUGCUCUGUUAGAUAUGGUGCACUCUGUACCUAAAAUGUCAAGUGACCAAUUUGAUGAGAUGUUUAAUAGUAACGUGAAAGAUUUAUUAAUGGUUGUUGCACUAUCUCAACUGAUAAAGACACAACUUCAACUUAAUGAGAAACUUACAUUGCUUACAACUUUAUAAAUCUUCUAACAUAAAAUUAAAAAAUUGUUUAUACAAUUUUUAUGAAUAAAAACACUUUGAAUUUUCAGUA